UUCCUCCUCCUCGGGUGAGGCAGAGCGGCCGCGGCAGCGCAAGAUGGCCCAGCAGCACGCCGACAUCAGCGCGCGCCCCCCCGGCGUGACGCGCCUCCUGCUCCCGCUCCUCCUGGUGCUUCUCGUCCGCGCCGAGCUUGACAACGACACGCGGGGACGUGGCGACGAGGACGCCCGCCGGGGCAACGCCACGACGCACCGGAAGGCGUUCCCGGUGCUGUCCUUCAACUACGAGCACGUCCGGAAGCCCUUCGAGAUCUCGCUGUGGAUCCUACUCGCUCUGCUCAUGAAACUCGGCUUCCACGUCAUCCCGCGAGUGUCCCGCGUGGUGCCCGAGAGCUGCCUGCUGAUCUUCGUGGGGCUGCUGGUGGGCGGAGUCAUCAAGGCCGUCCGGCGGACGGCGCCCGUGUUGGACGCCGAGCUCUUCUUCCUCUACCUGCUGCCGCCCAUCAUCCUGGACGCCGGCUACUUCCUGCCCGUCCGGCCCUUCGCCGAGAACCUGGGCGCCAUCCUGGCCUUCGCCGUGGCGGGCACCUUGUGGAACGCCUUCUUCGUGGGCGGCGGCGUGUACGCCGCGUGCCGGCUGGAGGGCGAGCGGCUGGCCGACGUGGACCCGCUGUCCUGCCUGCUCUUCGGCUCCAUCGUGUCGGCCGUGGACCCCGUGGCCGUGCUGGCCGUCUUCGAGGAGAUCCGCAUCGACGAGCUGCUGCACGUCCUCGUCUUCGGCGAGUCGCUGCUCAACGACGCCGUCACCGUGGUGCUGUACCACCUGUUGGAGGAGUUCUCACACGCCGGCGCGGUGACGGCGGCCGACGCCCUGCUGGGGGCGCUGUGCUUCUUGGCGGUGUCGUGCGGCGGCGUCCUGGUGGGCGCGGUCUACGGGCUGCUGGGCGCCUUCACGUCCCGCUUCACGUCGCGCACGCGGGUCAUCGAGCCGCUCUUCGUCUUCCUGUACAGCUACAUGGCGUACCUGUCGGCCGAGGUCUUCCGCCUGUCGGGCAUCAUGUCGUUGAUCGCGUGCGGCGUGGUGAUGCGUCCGUACGUGGAGGCCAACAUCUCGCACAAGUCCUACACCACCGUCAAGUACUUCCUGAAGAUGUGGAGCAGCGUGAGCGAGACGCUCAUCUUCAUCUUCCUCGGCGUGUCCACCGUGGCGGGGCCGCACGCUUGGAACUGGACCUUCGUGGCGGCCACCGUGCUCCUCUGCCUCGUCUCCCGAGCGCUCGGCGUGGUGGGCCUGACGUUGGUCAUCAACAAGUUCCGCAUGGUCAAGCUGAGCAAAAAGGAGCAGUUCAUCGUGGCCUACGGCGGCCUGCGAGGCGCCGUCGCCUUCUCGCUGGGCUUCCUGCUGACCGACAGCAAGAUCAAGCACUUGUUCCUCACCGCCAUCAUCACCGUCAUCUUCUUCACCGUCUUCGUCCAGGGGAUGACCAUCAGGCCUCUGGUGGAGCUUCUGGAAGUGAAGAAGAAGAGAGAGUGCGACGGCUCCAUCAACGAGGAGAUUCACACGCAGUUCCUGGAUCAUCUCCUUGUGGGAAUCGAGGACAUCUGCGGUCAUUACGGACACCAUCACUGGAAAGACAAGCUGAGCCGCUUCAACGAGGCCUACGUGAAGAAGUGGCUGAUUGCGGGCGAUCGCUCCAGCGAGCCGCAGCUGCUGUCCUUCUACAACAAGAUGGAGAUGAAGCAGGCCAUGAUGAUGGUCGAGGGCGGCGGCGGCUUCGAGCCGCCUUCCGUGGAGCCGAAUAUCGAAGCCGGAGCCCCGCCCCGACGCGGGACCCGCGUCUCCAAUAGUCGCCAGAAGGAAAUCCGAAAGAUGCUGCAGGCCAACAUGCAGAAGAACAGACAGCGGCUUCGUUCCUACAGCCGACACGACCUGAUGCUCGAUCCGUUCGAAGACGACGUGAGCGAGGUUCGCUUCAGGAAGCAACAAGUGUCGAUGGAGAGGAGGAUGAGCCACUACCUGACAGUGCCCGCAAAAAGCCCGCCAGCGCCGGCAUCUGUGAGACGGGUCGCCUUCCGACCAGAACACCGAGUUUACACGUACGACGACAGCCGGAGCGCCCGAGACCCGGCGGAGGCCCGCCCUGACCCGAGCUCCUCCGACGCCGUCGACCCGCCGAACGAAUCCGGCCGCGGCUUCCGCGACGAGGAGGACGAGGAGCGGCGGCUCGUAGCGUCGCGCCGUCUCAGUGACCCCGGCCGGUCCCAAGUAGCAGCCGAAGAUUCACAAACGCGUGUGUAGCAAGUUUUUAUUGACAGUAAUCCCCGACUGUUCUCUGGGAUCGGGACCGAGCCCUAAAUGAUGCACCUCCUUCAAAAUGUUUCAAUUGCUUCAUUUCACACUUCAAAACAUAGACUGAGCACAAACUAUCGUCCCGAAACACUUGGAUAUCAUCUUACAAGAUCAGCAAAAACAUAC